GAAGGCCGGUUUCGCAUCGAGGAGAGGACGCUGACGGCUUUCCAGUGGCUGCACUCGCCGCAGCAGCACCGCAUCGUCAGCCGGGCCGACCUGGGCUCGCCCAGCAGGAUUGACAAGACGAUGCUCGCCAGCCUGAAGAUCAAGAAGCAGGAGGCGCUGAGCAGCGCCGAGGCGCCUCUCCCAGACCGGCCCCUCUCGCCGCCGCUCACCGCCCCCGCGACCAUGAAGUCGGCAGAAUUCUUCGAAAUGCUGGAAAAAAUGCAGGCACCAAAACUUGAAGACCAGAGAACCGGGAGCCAAAAGCAUAAGGAAGACUACAUCCCGUAUCCCAGCAUCGACGAGGUCAUCGAGAAGGGAGGCCCGUACCCCCUCAUCAUCCUGCCCCAGUUCGGGGGGUACUGGAUCGAGGACCCUGAGAACCUGGGCACCCCCACCUCGUCGGACAGCAGCGUCUGCGAGGAGGAGGAGGAGGGCCCGAGCCCCGGCGCCGGCGGGUACCGGCUGGAGUGCAAGGGGGAGGCCAGAGCCUACCGGCGGCACUUCCUGGGCAAGGAUCACUUGAAUUUUUACUGCACAGCCAGCAGCCUGGGAAACUUGAUCCUUUCUAUUAAGUGUGAAGAGGCAGAUGGCACCGAAUAUUUAAGGAUUAUACUCAGGUCGAGGGUGAAGACGUUGCACGAGAGGAUCCCGCUGGCCGGGUUCAGCAAGCUCCCCAGCGUCCCGCAGAUCGCCAAGGCUUUCUGCGACGACGCCUCGGGCCUGAAGUUCAACCCGGUCCUGUACCCCAAGGCAUCCCAGAUGAUAGUGUCCUAUGACGAACAUGAAGUGAACAACACUUUCAAGUUUGGUGUGAUCUACCAGAAGUCCAGGCAGACGCUGGAGGAGGAGCUGUUUGGAAAUAACGAAGAGAGUCCUGCCUUCAAAAGCUUCUUGAGCCUGCUGGGAGACACCAUAACACUCCAGGACUUUAAAGGUUUUCGCGGCGGGCUGGACGUCAGCCACGGGCAGACGGGCGCCGAGUCGGUGUUCACCACGUUCCGGGACAGGGAGAUCAUGUUCCACGUCUCCACCAAGCUGCCGUUCACCGAAGGGGAUGCGCAGCAGCUGCAGAGAAAGCGGCACAUCGGGAACGACAUCGUGGCGGUCGUAUUCCAGGAGGAGAACACGCCGUUUGUGCCAGACAUGAUCGCCUCCAACUUCCUGCACGCCUACAUCGUCGUGCAGGUGGAGAGCCCGGAGGCAGACAGCACCUCGUACAAGGUGUCGGUGACGGCGCGGGAGGACGUCCCCGCCUUCGGCCCCCCGCUGCCCAGCCCGCCGGUGUUUCCGAAGAGCCCGGAGUUCAGGGAGUUCCUGCUCACCAAACUCAUCAACGCCGAGAACGCCUGCUGCAAGUCCGACAAGUUUGCGAAGCUGGAGGACCGGACACGGGCUGCGCUGUUGGACAACCUCCACGAUGAGCUCCAUGGGCACACCCAAGCCAUGCUGGGACUGGGGCCUGAGGAGGACAAACUUGAGAACGGAGGCCAUGGAGGCAUUUUGGAGUCAUUUAAGCGAGCGAUCCGGGUGCGCAGCCACUCCAUGGAGACCAUGGUGGGCAGCCAGAGGAAGCACCACGGCGGCGGCAUCCCCGGCAGCCUCAGCGGCGGCAUCGCCCACAACAGCGCCGAGGCCGCCAAGACCGCCUUCUCGCCGCCGGUGCCCGUGGCGGCGGCCAAGAACCAGUCCCGGAGCCCGAUUAAGCGACGUUCGGGGCUGUUCCCUCGCCUGCACACGGCGUCCGAAGGCCCCUCGGAGAGCAGGACGAGGUGCGACAGCGUUUCUGGAGCCCAGAAGGCGCCGGAUACGGGACAUUCCUCUCAAGAGGUGAAAUCCGAAGCCUCCUCCAACCCCAGCUCCCCCGAGAUCGGCCCCAGCAAGGACAGGCCGUUCAUGAAGCUGAAGGAGAACGGGCGGCCGAACAUCUCGCGCUCCUCCUCGAGCACGAGCAGCUUCAGCAGCGCGGCGGGCGAGAGCGAGACCCUGGAGGAGUACGACAGCCUGGGGAGCCAGCCGUCCACCGCGUCGCCCUUCAAGCAGGACGUGUUCGUCUACAGCGCGUCGCCCGGCGGCGAGAGCCCGAGCGGGGCUGCAGCCACCCCCGUGAUCAUGAGCCGGAGCCCCACAGCAGAUAUAAAGAACAGAAACUCUCCAAGGUCAAAUCUGAAGUUUCGCUUCGAUAAGCUCAGCCACUGCAGCUCCAGCACGAGCCACUAGCAGGAUGAAGAGGUCACCAGCUUUGAGGAGAGAGUUUCUGGGUCGGCAAAGGGAAGCCCCUUCCCUCCAGCAUCCCACGGAAAAAGGCGCGAGCGAGGAGCCGCCGGCGCCCCGGCCGCACCCCGGCCGGCUGCCCGCAGCCCUGCUGCCGGCGCUGCGGGGCCCCGGAGCUGCUGCCCGGGGCUCCGGCACCCCGCCGCGGCGGGAGGCAGUCCCGGAGCCUGCGGGCGCCCCAGCUCUCCGGGGGGAAAGCUCUCUGAUUUCCUUUUUUCCCUUCUUUCCCCGGUUUCCCCUUGGGCUUAGCUCCAGCCUGCAGGCUGGGUCUACAGGCGAGCGAAUGCGUGAGUGCCGGAGACCGCGGCGGCGCUGGGCUGCUUCGCCCCUCGCGGGUCUCUCCCUCUGCUUUCAACGUGCUUUCGUCCGCGUUGGAAGGCAGCGAUUGCAAGUCCUGCAAGGCCGCUGCCCGUGGCGCCCUUUCCGAGGAGUGCCCCCCCGGAAAGGCCGCCGGCAUCCUCCUGCUCCUGCAGAACGAUGCCUAAGGCUUACUGCAGGCUGCCCGGGAGCGUCAGGACGCUCAGAGAUUCCCCUUAGCAAUUUUCUGAAAGAUAUGCUGCAGUUUUGCAGAGAUGCUCCCUCCCACUUACUUAAUUAACAUUAAUCUGGGAUCUUUGCAAAAAAUAUCUCACAAAAUAAAGGUUUUGAUUUCAAGUGAAAACCAGUUUUUAGUAGGAACCCAUCCUGAAUGAAAACAAAACCUUGAGUCCCAACGUUGAUUUUACAUAGUUGGAGUUCAGAGGGGCACAGAAGUAUGUGGCAGCUAAUUUUAUGGUACAGACACAAAAUUGCACGUCUGGAGACAUGCAAUGUCUCCCAAACGCUAGAAUCGGGACCGUGGCAGCCAGCUCAGUGGAUGAUUUUUGGUGCCACUACCGGAGUUUCCCGGGGUUGAGCCGCUCCCCUGGGAUGCCGCGGUGGCUCGGAGAAGCUGGGGAAGAGCUGUGAGCUUUUCUGUCCAGGCGAACGCCUGUAGGACCAGCCCGUCGGCCCCAUUCCCUCCCCCCGGCCAGAGCAAACCAACCCAACCCCCUUUGCUAACCUAGGGCUCUGCAUGGUACUAUUUAACAACCUUAGUGUGCGGUACAUACGGGUGCUCCCACUUAUGCAUGUAAUUUAUCCACUUGAAAGGAAAAAAAUGUAGUCCUAAUGGGAGAGGAAAAAAAUACAGUGUGAAAAAGGUGGAGAACGGCUUCAUGGCACCGACUGUGUUGUACGGGGGCAUCAAGCACAGGUAACCACCAGUGAUUACACUCCCUUCGGCUUUCGCUGAGUCGGAUUUAAACAGAGUUUAAAGCUCAAGAUCUUAUUUGCCGGAGGAAAAGCACAAAGUGUUUAGCCUGGUUUGUAGCUAGCUCUAGAUGUCUCAGGUUCCAAAUAUUUUGGUGUUCAGCGCUUCUAUCUGGGUAUGCUUCAGCAGCUCUUUCAAAUCCGUCCCCACUUCUUCCUCUUAGAAGCUAUUUUGUUUGGGUUUCUUAUGCCAGGCAGUGAGAUACUGAUUGUUGGAAAAACCUGUUUUGGGGUGUUUUUUCCUAAGAAAUUGCUUGAUGUCAUCGUGCUCUUGGGUGUUGAUCUCUGUGAGAUCUUUCAGCGGAAGAUGCAGUGUCUGCUGGGGCUGGGUGCAUUUUCAUUUUGUUUUGUUUGUUUGUUUGGGUUUUUUUUUUUUUUUUUACUUGAAACUGACUUUCCUUUUUGACCUAGAUUGAUUUUUGAGUUACUUGAAUGUGAUUUAAAGGGGCGCGGGACAGUUUGAAACUACAGGGAGAGAAAUGCAGCGACCCGGCCUCGUCCUUAAACGUGCCAGCCUCCCGGGGAGGGAGAGAAGCAGGAGAAACGAGGCCUGGGACAAAGUUUCCGAGUUGCUCCUGAGUAUUUUGUGCCAUUUGCAAAAGCAUUCCUCAUAGCUCGUUGUACAAACCUGCUGCAGGACCCUUGGUGACCGCUGGGCUUUUAGUGCUCCCGUCCUAGCUGAGCUUUAGUGUGGUUUCUGCCUUGCGGCCGUGAGCACGCCGCGUUUGCCCUCGCGCGUCCUGCCUGGGCCGUCGCCGCGCCGUGCCGGCACUGUCGCGCUCCCGGUGGUGGGUCGAGAUGUUCCUGUAUAUACUGCAAAAUGUCUGGGCUUAAGUGAUAUAGAUUAUAUAUAUUUAUAUAUAUAUAGAAGAAAGGAUCCUUAAUCAACACUAAAACUAUUGGGCAGUGCAUCUUUUUCAUUUUUGCUAGAGAAACGGGUAUCAUUUUUCAGGGACGGCUGGGGCUGUUUCAGGGUCCGUUUCAUCAUGUAGCCACCCCCGGGGGCCGCUGCGGCCGGGCGCCGGCCGGGGCACGGGCACGGCGGCCAGCACCCGGCCGUGCCUGUGCUAGCGGGCCGCCGCGGCCGUGCGAAGCCUGGGUGCCGCCGCGCUUCCAGGAACGCGCUCGGAGCCGCAGCUCUGCCGCCACGGGGUUACGCCUCGGCCCAAGGGCAACGUGCUUUUCCCCCCCGAGAAAAGGGAUGCUCCCGUGCACAUAGCUCAUUUCUUCCCAGGAGCGCGGGGGUCUCGAGGGGUGGCGGGCCCGGGGCGGCUGCCGAUAGCGCCCGCGCUGCCGUGCUUGCCCGCGCACUUCUGCCCCGCGAGACCUGGCGACGGCGGCUUCAUUUCUGAAUCUUAGAGCAUGCUUUCAUUAUUUUUAACAAAUGUAGCACUGCUUACGUCCUGCAAAUGAAAAUGCUGAAUUUAUAUCAUUAGAAUGUGAAGAGAGUUUAUAGAAAGAAAAAAAAAUCUUGAAGAAAUGUACCUGACAAAAUACUAUUUUUUUUGUAGAGAGGUGGUGCUUUGUGGUUCCUGGUGGCCUAUGUCUGUUGUAAAUAAUGUACAUUUAAUUUAUUGCUAUGGUAGCAGAUUGUAUUUGUUAUGUAUAAAACUAAAGGUUCACAAAUGUAUAUUUUGUUGCUUAAA